CUUGCGUGUCAAUAAUGCGCAGGCUUCAAGAUGGCCGACAGCAACAAAAAGGAGAAAAUAGCAGCUGCCAAGAAAAAACUGAAGCAGUUCCAACGGCAUCGUAGCGCAUCUCGGACACGGGACUCUGCUGAGCGAGAGCUGCCUAGGGGUCAUGCAGCUGAAAGGUCCCCACGUAGUGCCUCCCCUCGCAAUGCAUCCCCACUUCCUGCUGAGCAAACUGAGACCACCAAGGAUGUGGUUGGUGUAAAUUCAAAUGGGUCGAAUGCUGAGGAACUUGUCGAUGACAUUCGGACGACAGCAUCAACAGAGAGUCUCCAGCAACUGUCUAGGCAGAUCAACGGUUUGCUGUCUGAGUCGGCAGCUUACCUGAACGGAGAGGAGGCCACUAGCAAUGGGAUGCAGGAACUGGAGGAGAGGAACAGAGAUCUGGCAGCCCUGUUGGAGAAACAUUCACAGGCAAACGAACAGUUGAAUCUACAAAACCAGCAGCUUCGCGAACAUUCCAAAUCCUUACAAGAUCAGCUGGAGACUGAGAGGAGCUCAUUCCAUGAAAAACAGAAAAAAGACAUUGGGUCUCUCAAGGAACAGCUGCAGGUUCAUAUACAAACCAUUGGCAUUUUAGUAGCUGAGAAAACAGAACUGCAGUCCCAGGUGAACCAAUCACAAAGGAUAGCAGAUCAACGUAUAGAGGAAAUUGAGGAGCUCAGUGGUCGGUUAAAAGCAUCGCGCCAGAGAGUAUCAGAUCUGGAGCGGAGUCUGUCCACCACCUCACAGUCUGGUCAGCAGCUUGAGAAGAAUGCUGCUGAGAAUGCUAAAGAAUUAGACAGGCUAAAGUUAGAAUCGUACAAGUCUAGUAAACAGAAUGAGGAGCUGAAGCAGCAAGUAUCUGAGCUGUCGGAGCAGCUACAGGCCAAGGUCACUGAGUGCAAGUCGUCCUCAGACGAAGUGACGGAGCUACAGAAGAAGUUGGAGAUGGCAGAGCUCUACGCCCAGCAGCUUUCGAGUGAGAGUGAGAACACCCAGGGCAGUGUGGAGAUUCUCAACUCUCUCCAGAAGGAGAGGGACAGUCUGCUGGCGAGAUUACAUCAGCAUGAGGAAUUGACGCAGAAGCUCCAGUCGGAGCGUGACCAAGUGACAGACCAGUACCAGCAAUACACAGAGCAGCUCCGGCACCAGUCGCAGCAGGUCACACAGCAGGUAACAGUUCUCACUGAGGAGAGAGAGCAACUGCUGAACAAGCAGCAUGAGCUAGAGGGCGCUGUGCACGAGUUGCAGAGGAAGCUAGAGGAUGUUGAGAACGCCCCUCGACCUGAGGUUGCGGCCCCUGCCCCACAAGCCCCCAGCAUCCCCCCGGAGGUAACAGCAGAACUGGAGCGUCUUCGCAUUGACGUUCGGGAAGCUACUGUGGCCUUGGAGACACAAGUGAGAGACAACAUGCAACUGGGCAGACUGCUGGAGGAGAAGGAGGAGCGAGUGUCAAACCUGGAGCGGUCAGUGGAGGAGAUGGGCGAGCAGGCAGGGGACAAGGUCCAGCUGUUGGAGAGUAUCCAGAGUGACCGAACGGCCCUGAGCCGAGCUCUGUCGCAGAACAAGGAGCUCAAGACACAGCUGGAGGAGCUGCAACAGGGAUUUGUCAAGAUUAGCACAGAUAACAUGGAGCUGGUGACCAGACUACAGACAGAGCAACACUCGGUCAACGAACUAUCAGCCAAACUGGCACAACAGGAGGAUGAACUCACACAGAUACGAGAAGUUCUGUCCUCCAAGGAAGGGGAGGUGACAGAGCUCAAGUCUGCCCAGCAGUUUGUGGAGAAGGAGAUGUACCAGCAGGACCAGAUGACGGACAGACUCCGACACUACGAGGCUCAGGCACAGCUGGUGGACACGCUACAGAAUGAACUCACAGCCGCACAGGAUAUGAUGGAGGCUUUGACUACUCAAAACAGUGAGUUACGAACCAUGCUUAUCAAGGCUACAGAGGUUAAGUCACCCUCAAGGUCAGAGAGUGCGGAGAACGGUGACAGUGAAGGAGAAGGACGCAAUGAGAUUGCGAGUACAUUUCAUUGUACCACCACCAGAGGGCAUUGUUGCAGCAGCGAGAGACACAGAAGAACGACUACAUUGCUCAGCUGGCCCGAGACAGGGAACAGCUACAGGACAAACUGGGGGAGUUGCAGGUUCUGGUGAUGCAGCUCUUGGGGGAGAGGAACAUGCUGCACAGCUACCACGAGGAGACCACAACUCACUCGCCACAGCACCACCACCCCGACAUGGCUGUCGCACAGCAGCAGCGCCCACAGAAACAGCAGCACCAAGCUCUCAGCAACGGGACCAUGAACGCCUACGAAAAUGACUGGCCGGACUACACUAGCUCUGAGAGUGACACAGACAGCGAAGUGGAGCCGAUCGUUGGAGGGCAGCAGAUGCCGGCCACGCCAGACUCUGAGAUGACGCCGCAGUCCUCUCCCCCUGACUCCCCACGGGACGGCGAGGAAGUCGCAGCGCACAG